AUUUUGGCGAUGUAUUAUUGAUUAAAUGUUAUCAUAUGUAAUAAUAUUUAUUUAUAAAUGCAAUAUUGAACAGUAUCCUGUUGAAUAUUACAUUAAUUCAAGUGAAAACAUUAUGGAAAAGCUGAUUAAUUAUCUCACCCCACUACUUACAUAUACUGUAACCUUUACCCUGUAGAAACGAAGUAACUUCUAUUCAUUCAUUUAUUUGCGCGAUAAAUGUUCAAGAAUUUAGUUAGCUAGAUAGUUGUUAAAAGGAAGGAUGGCACCAGCACUUAGUAAACAUACAUUGAAGUAUGCAUUAGCUGGAUCUUUUGCAAUUAGUAGUUUCAUAUGGUUCGUCAAAAAAAAAGGAAAGAAACAUGUCAAAAAUAAAAAUAUUAAUUGGUCUAACAACAAUAUACAAUAUAUCAUUAAAGAGGACAAACGUAAAGGUUCGAAGGCUCAAGUCAAUGCAGUAUUUUUCCGAAAAUUGUUUAAACUAUUGUCCAUUGCCAUUCCCGGAGUGAUAUCAUCGGAAUUUUUCUACAUGUUGCUUAUCGCUGCUUCUUUAACUGCAAGAUCAAUUUGCGAUCUUUGGUUUAUACAUACAGUUACUCUUAUCGAAACAUCAAUCAUCUCCAUGAAUGUUCCUUUAUUCAAGCAACUUUUGUUGAAAUUUUUCUUUGUAUUACCUAGCUUAGCAGUUGUGAACAAUAUUUUAAAAUACAGUAUAGGUGAAGUUAAGUUGAAAUUACGCACAAAUCUAACGCACCAUUUAAUGAAUCAUUAUCUCAAGGGCUUUACAUAUUAUAAGAUGAAUAAUUUAGACUCUCGAAUUGCAAAUCCGGAUCAACUAUUAACAACCGAUGUAGAUAAAUUUUGUGAAAGUUUUACAGACUUGUACGGAAAUAUAAUGAAGCCAAUGUUUGACAUUAUUUUAUAUUCUUUCAGGAUGUCCACUACUUUAGGCGGGCAAACACCAUUAUUGGUACUUACAUAUCUCAUUUUCGCUGGGUCUUGUACUACCUACUUGAGAAGACCAAUAACACAAAUGACUGUGAAAGAACAACAAUUGGAAGGUGAAUAUCGACAUAUCAAUUCACGUUUAAUCACCAAUUCGGAAGAAAUAGCAUUUUAUCAAGGAAACAAUAGAGAAAAAUUAAUUCUUUUAACUAGUUUUCAUAAAUUGAUUUCACAUGUUCGCAAAUUUUUGGAAUACAGAUGUUUCAUAGGCAUAUUUGACAAUUUUAUUGGAAAAUAUAUAGCAAUAUUGUUCGGUUUUGUUGCCGUUGCUAUACCAUUCUUUAAAAAGGAUCACCCAAUUCUUUCAGGCUCUUCUGAACAUCGAUUUAAAUAUUAUUAUACAUAUGGAAGAAUGUUGGUUAAAUUUGCAGAAGCAUUGGGUGUACUCAUAUUAUCAAGCAGAGAGAUAACAAGAUUAGCUGGUUUUACAGCAAGAGUUACAGAAAUAAAAGAUGUAUUGAAUGACUUGAACUCUGGAAAAUAUGUUAGAACAAUGAUCGCCGACUCGAACAUUGAUUCACACAUUUAUCCAGGUGCUGGAAAGAUCAUUGCAAAAGAUAACGUUAUACAAUUCGACCGUGUUCCUCUUAUAACACCAAAUGGAGAUAUUCUUAUCAAAGAAUUGUCAUUUGAAGUUAAAUCUGGCAUGAAUGUGUUAGUCUGUGGUCCAAACGGUUGUGGAAAGAGUUCUUUAUUCCGAAUUCUUGGAGAGUUAUGGCCUGUUUGGGAUGGUGUCGUUACAAAACCACCACGUGGAAAAUUAUUCUAUAUACCACAGCGUCCUUACAUGACGCUAGGUACUCUAAGAGAUCAAAUUAUUUAUCCUCACACUAAAGAAGAAAUGGCCAGAAGAGGACACACUAACGACGAAGAUUUGUUAAAUUAUUUACGUAUAGUGCAAUUAGAAUAUCUUUUGGAAAGAGAAAAUCAAGGAAGUCCUGACAAUCAAAAAUGGGAUGCCGUAGCCGAUUGGAUGGAUGUUUUGUCGGGAGGAGAAAAACAACGUAUUGCGAUGGCCCGAUUAUUUUACCACAAACCACAAUUUGCAAUACUUGAUGAGUGCACGAGUGCCGUUAGCAUUGAUGUUGAGGACUCUAUGUAUUCUUAUUGUAAAGACGCAAAUAUUACUUUAUUUACUGUUUCUCAUAGAAAAUCUCUUUGGAAACAUCACGAGUACCUUUUACAAAUGGAUGGUAGGGGAGGAUAUGAAUUUAAAAAGAUCGAUCUAGAUUCAGAAGAGUUUGGAUCAUAAAUAUAUUUCUAUUUUAUCCUUAAACAAUUUAACUUGGUGAAAUAUACUUACACUUAAUAGCAACCAUAAGCAUGGGGUGGUAAUGAAAACAAAUGAAAUAAUGAGCAAACGAAUACAUAGUUUCUUAUUAAAAUACUACAUUUUCGUAGAUUUCUUUUAGUUUCUUCAAAUCUAAGAAGAAAUAAUGAAUAGCCAUAAAUAUUAUUUCUAUGUGAAUAAGAUGUAUAAUCAAAACUAUUUCAAAAAAUAGCUUUCAUAUAUUUUUCUAUUCGAAUUUUCUAUUUUGAAAUGUUCAUUUAUAAGUA